ACGCACCUGGAGAGCCCCACCCUCACCUGGGUGCUCGCAUAUAAAAGUGCGCGCAUCGCUGCGAUCCUCACAUCAGCGGCUCCAGAUUCGACCUUCCAGUUGCUCACGGAUCACCAACGACUUCAGCCAUGGACAGGGAAUCACAGGUGGAAGCUAAUUUCGAAGCAAUUGACAUGGACAACGACGGCUUCAUUUCGUUUGCCGACUACCAUGAAUUCUUGGAAAUGAACGGUGUGGAUCAAGACUGCAGCACUGUGGACAAAAACAAAGAUGGCAAGAUCUCUUUCGAAGAGUUCUCUCAAUUCUACAAGAAGGACUCUGAUAAGCAGAAGGAGAAGCUGAAGCUGAAAAAGUGAACUCCAAGGACAUGGCUGCGGGGUGAAAGGGUUUCUCUUAGUUUGUUAGGCUUACACUCCUUGCUUCUUAAUCAUCAUGACCAGUGUCAACCCUUCCACUAAGUAUUAGACAUGUAAUCAUGUAUUUAUUCAUUAAAAUGAAUUCGUACUCUCUCAAUCAUGCCUACAGUCUUUCGUGCAAGAAUCUGUCACUUAAAUGGCAUUGCAUAUUAUGUGCAAACAUUACCUUAAUGUUGAGAAAAUUUAAUUGCACAAAUGAGAUUAAAUACAUUAAAAAUAAGACCUAAAAAAGAAUAGAUUCUUGAAUAUAAUAGAGAGAAUUGUGACAUUUCAUUGAAUCACUGGGUAAUCUUUACAUGCCUAAUAAAAAACUACUGCUACUAUUUAUAGCUAUUACUACUGUAUUUGACACUACUGCUAAUUUGCACUACCACUAAGACUCCAUUAAAACGUACUUUUAGUACAAAGCAUUUCAGUAAUAUUUCAAAUGUACUGUGCUUUACGACGUACUGGCACCAUGAUCGAAAAUAAUGCAACGAGGCAUA